AUGGAUUUCAAAAAGAGCAACAAGAAAACAAAAACAAACCAUGAAAAGACCGAUGAACCAACAACAUCUGCUAUGAUAGAGAGACUACCUCUUGAUUUAGCCAUCGACAUUCUUUCAAGGCUACCCAUAGCCUCUCUCAUUCGAUUGCGAUUCGCAAGUCGAACCUUUCAAAUAUUAUCAAACUAUCCUCAUCUCGCUGAACUUCAAUAUUACCGGACAUCGAAGAACAAACCGUGUCUGAUGUUCCAUAGUUAUGAUCCAAUCCGCAACCAGCUUUGCUUUGCGGAACUCUCUGAUCACAACAAUCAGAUUGUGAGAAAACUCAGCACGCCUUUCUCUGAUGUGUUGUUGCCUGAGUUCAACAUAAUAGGUUCUUGUAAUGAUUUGUUAUGCUUAUCAGACAAUGUAAAUGGCGAUACAAUGUAUAUAUGCAAUCCUUUUACAAGGGAAUUCAAAGAGCUGCCAAGAACAAUACAGUUUGGGGAGCAAAAGGUCGCGUUUGGAUUUGGGUUCGAUCAUCUUGAGCAACGAUCAUCAGAAGCACUGGUGAACGGAAGACUUCAUUGGUUGACUUUGCGGCAUAAAUGUGAAAGUCGUUAUGCACGGAGCAUAGUAUCUUUCGAUUUAGGUGAUGAAAAGUUUAGAGAGGUCCCAAGACCGGGUGGGCAAGAAAGAUGUGACUAUCAUUUGACAGUGCUAAGAAAAUGUCUUUCCGCAGCAUUUUGUAAUUACGAGGAUUUGGAGAUUUGGGUUAUGAGAGAGUACGAUGUGAAAGAGUCUUGGAUCAAGGAGUUCAACAUUGGAACUAGUUCCGUGCCUCGGGUGGAGUUGAAACCAGAAUUGAAGCAAUUGUAUGCGAUUUGGAGGAAGAUUUCGCAGGUGAGACCUGCUCAAGUUCUCUGUCUUUUAAAGAAUGGGAAUGUUUUGGUACAGCAUAGAGGUAGAGUUUUGGUGUCUUAUGAUCCAGAGAGUGGAAAAUUUGAGAAGCUAACGUUUCAGGGGAUGCCAGAACUGUUUCAAACAAUUGUUCAUUUUGGCAGCCUAGCUUAA